AUGUCUCGGUCAGAUAUGAGUUCGAGACCGGAUCUAGCGAAGUUCAGAAGUCUCUGCCUUGUAAUCUGUUUCUUGGCUGUGGUUACCUCGGCACGUGUGAGUCCGAGAAGAAAUUUGGAUUCUCCGGAUCUCAGAAUCGCUACUCUGUUUGCUAUAGCUGAAGAUGUAGGUUUACCGCAUGUACAUGCAGAGAGUUGGGUAGGAAAUGAUACUUGUCAACAAUGGUACGGGAUCUCCUGUACAGAUGGUGUCAUCACGGCGAUAGCCUUUAUAAACUCCAAUCUGACAGGUAUCAUAUCUCCCAGAUUCGCAGAGCUCAGUUCUCUGAGUGAAAUUGAUCUGGCUCAUAACAGACUUACCGGCAUCAUCCCUCUCGAGCUUCUUACCAAGUUGAAGAAACUGGUCAUUCUUGAUGUUUCCUAUAAUGACCUGCAUGGUAAAAUUCCAAAGGUUAGGAAAGAGGUUGUAUUUGCUGAAGGCAACACGCAGAUUGAGAAGGAUCGGGUUAUCUCGAGACAGUCUUUCGUUUGGAUUGGUAUUGGGAUAGGGUUUCUGCUCGCUGGAGUAAUAGGAGUUCUAUAUUACUAUAUAUCUGGUGAUUAG